AUGAUGUUCAACACGCACACCAUCGACGCCUGCUUCCUCACGCCGGAGUGGCACAUCACCAACAACGGCAUGUUCGCCGCGACGUGCAUCGGCGUGAUGCUGCUGGUGGUGCUGCUCGAGUUCACGCGGCGGCUGGGCAAGGAGUACGACGAGUUCCUGGCGCGGCAGUUUGCGCGCCAAGCGGCCGCCGUCGGCUCCGCGCGCCAGACGGCCCGCGACCGGGACCCCGAGGCCCGCACCGCCCCGAACCCCUGCCAGCCGCCGCCGCCGCCCAUCCCGAGCGAGUACGUGACGUUCCGCGCCACCGCGCCGCAGCAGCUGGUCCGCGCCGUGCUGCACGCCCUCACCUUUGGCCUCGCCUACAUCGUCAUGCUCAUCGCCAUGUACUACAACGUCAUCCUGCUCGUCAUGAUCGUGCUCGGCGCCGGCGUCGGCAAGUUCUUUUGCGACUGGAUGACCAGGACCCUGCUCGUCGACGGCGUCCCCGGCGUCGAGACCAGUGCGCCUGGCGCCGCAAAGGAGGGGGCGAGCGCAAAGGGCGUUGAGGAGCCGAGUGUUUGCUGCGGCUGA